UAGAUAAUUUGGUUCACACCACUGAUCUAUAUAAAUGACUGGAUUGCGCAUAGAACGCUUGACGUAACUGCGUGAGGUGACGCCAGCACAGAGUUCGAGCCGCCAUCUUGGUAUACCCAACCGGCAGAGAGCGUCAUUGACUUCCAUUCAAAAUCAUGAUCAAAAUUUACCCGCUUUACAGCGUAUCAGUUACACAAGGUUAAUUUUUAGGAUAUGUGUACGUUAAUUAUUUGAUAAUUCUGGUGUUAUUUGCAAUGUUUAUCUUUUAAUCGGGCAGGAUAAUGGAUUUAUAAAAAAACCGUUAAGGUGAGUGUGUGUUGCAUUUGUUAAUGACACGGGUAUAAAUAAAGUUUUGUUUGACAUUCAGCUACACUGUGACGGUCAGCGUUAUUUCUCUAAAUAAGUUUAGGUAACUUGUAAGUUUAGAUAACAUUAUUACAAAACUAGCAAAUUAUUGCAUACACAUACGGUACAAAGUAUGAUUAUUUAUUUAGAUUUCAGAAUGAGCACGUUUAUUGUCAUUAAUACUAAAUAUGCUGCGGUCUGUCUGCUGAUCUGAUACUGUAAUAAAGAUGAAUGUAUAAUAACUGUUUAAAACGCAAAAUGUACAACUUUCAGUAAGUAACUAUUUACAUGCUUUGGACGUUUGUGUUGUAAUAAUGUACAGGGUAACUUCACAUAUAAAAACGAAGACGAGUAAAGUGAUGUUUUAUCAUUAAAAUCUGAUAACGUCCAUUGAUUUAAUAGAACGUUUGGGUAUACCAACAUGGCGGCGCGGUGGCUUCACAAGUGUGACGUCAUGCGCAAUCCAGUCAUUUAUAUAGAUCAGUGGUUCACACUCCAUUAUAGUAGGUGGCGGUAAUGUUGGAUGACACCCGCUAUAAAACACAAGGAAGAAGAAGAAGAAGCCGACAGGAGGGAAGACCGAUUGCUGUACAAAAUCGCAAGUAUAGAGUGAGCGAAGGCUAUGAUGUCCUGUCAUUUUAGGUGUUUUUGAGUUUUUGGUCAGCCUUUUUGUAUGCAUUCAAUAUGAGCUCUUUUGCUGGACGCAUGAAGGAGUAUCCCACCAUCUCCCUGGACCGUUUUGACAGGGAGAAUUUACAUGCCAGAGCCUAUUUUCUUUCUCAUUGCCAUAAAGAUCAUAUGAAAGGAUUGAAAGGUCCUUUGCUAAAAAGAAAACUGAAGUUUAGUUUGACUAUCAAGCUGUACUGCUCAUUUGUGACAAAAGAGCUUCUGCUUAGUAACCCAAAAUAUGGAUUCUGGGAAGAUCACAUUGUGGCCCUGGAAUUGGACAGUCCGACUCACAUAUCACUAAUAGAUGAAAUCACUGGAGAGUCGGAGGAUGUUGUUGUUACUUUGCUUCCUGCUGGACAUUGUCCAGGAUCAGUUAUGUUUCUCUUUGAGGGUUCUCAGGGUACAGUGUUGUACACCGGAGACUUCAGAUUGGCUAUUGGAGAUGCAGCCAGAAUGGAGAACUUGCACUCUGGAGACAGAGUAAAGGACAUUCAGAGUGUAUAUCUGGAUACUACAUUUUUUGAUCCAAAGUACCAUCAGAUCCCUAGUAGGGAGGCUUGUUUGUCAGGUAUAAGACAGCUGGUACAAGACUGGAUUUGUAGGAGUCCGUACCAUGUAGUUUGGUUGAACUGUAAAGCGGCGUACGGUUAUGAAUAUCUCUUCACCAACCUUGGACAGGAGUUCAGUUCACAGAUACAUGUAAAGAGCUUAAAUAUGUUCAAGAAAAUGCCUGAAAUUUUGUGCCAUAUGACUACCAACCGGGCAACGCAGAUCCACGCCUGCAGGCACCCCAAGGAUGAGAUGUUUUUCAGAGCUAACAGGUUACCCUGCGGCUCCACGGCUCCAGACGGCACUCCACUUAACAUUAUCAGCAUCAAACCCUCAACCAUAUGGUUUGGAGAACGGACCAAAAAGACUUCGGUCGUUGUCAAGAUGGGCAGCAGUUCUUACAGAGCCUGUUUUUCCUUUCAUUCUUCUUAUGCAGAGGUCAAAGACUUCCUUUCUUACAUUUGUCCUGUAAACAUCUACCCUAAUGUCAUUCCCUUGGGACAAACAGUAGAGGAUGUUAUAGAACUAUUGAAGCCACUGUGUAGGAGCCGCUCUAGAGGGGAGGAGAUUGUCUACAUGCCACUUGGAAAACUCAAAAGAACCAAAAAGCAGUGCACAUCAGAAGGCUCAGACAGUGAAGAAGACUUGUUUGCGGAGGUUGCCAUGGCUCCGAGGAGGAAGAAGAUGUCAGUGACUGAUACAACCAAGGUUACUGAUAACACCCAGCCUCACAGCCCCAAUAAAGAUUCCCUCGAAAAAGACAAAAUGUAUGUCUUCCCAGAGCCCCUCCCCUCUACACAGCCUUCCAAUUACAUAGAUUGCACAGAAUCAAAUGAUGAUGAUGACGACGAAGACGAUGCUGAGCUUUCAAAUGUCAUGGGUGAUGAACCCCCUAAACCUUACCCAUCUGGUGCUGCUCCACCUGGCACAGAAACUACAUGCCCCAUAAUGACUCCAACCACAUCCAGUUCUAACACACCACAAUCUAACUCUGCUCCGCCCCGCUGGGAACAUUUCUUCAAGGCAGACCCAGUGUUGACCGAUGAGAGCGAGUUUGAUAACAGCCAAAAUACUCAAACCUUAUCCACCGAAAACACUGCAUCUCAGUCCCCCGAGCUAUUUCAAGAUGAUGAUGACAGUAGCAUUUACCUGACCUCCUCACAGUCCACUCAUGUAUCUGAUGUAGGUACAGAGAGCUUUAGUCAAAUAGAUACUGUUCUUAUACAUGUGGAUGACAGUAAGACGACAAGUAACCAAGGGACCAAUGGGGUGUUUCAGGAUGGGAACAGUAAAUCUGGUGAGAUGGGGUCAGAUGCAAAUGAACCCAAAACAGAAACCAGGGAGCAGAAAUCAGAUUCACAGGUAUCGUCAGAUUUUGAGCUUCCAGCAACACCUGGUUCUAAAGUCUCAGAGCCAGAAGACCUAAAAGACCUGUAUAGGAAGUUGGCGGCAGGAGAGGAAGUAGUAAUAAGAAAGAUUUUUUAAUUUAAGUCAGCCUUUACAUUCUUUUGUACAAGAGCAUACCUCAGUGGUUACACAUUUCAUAACCACCAUCAAUUUAGAACAACACAAUAAGUCCUUAAGCAACUAUCUUGACUUUGUUCUGUAAUUCUGCUUAUAAUUUCUUGUAAUCACAUAUUUUAUUUGCAACUUUGUUGUUGACUACAAAAUAUUUAAUCUUUGUCUUAUUAC